AUGAUUUUGUUGUUCCUUCACAGGCUGACAGAGGUUUUUACCGAAUAUUUUAAAGAGCUCGAGGAGGAAUCGAUUCGAGAUAAUUUUGUCAUUAUUUAUGAAUUGCUUGAUGAGAUGAUGGAUUUUGGAUAUCCUCAGACCACCGAAACCAGAAUAUUGCAAGAGUAUAUAACUCAAGAGUCACAUAAAUUGGAGAUUCAAGUUCGUCCACCGUCGGCUGUGACGAAUGCAGUUUCGUGGCGUUCGGAGGGAAUAAAAUAUCGAAAGAACGAAGUUUUUUUGGAUGUCAUUGAGUCCGUCAAUCUGUUGGUUAACGCUAAUGGAAAUGUGCUGCGUAGCGAAAUUCUUGGAAUAAUUAAGAUGAAGUGUUACCUGAGCGGCAUGCCGGAGUUGAGACUUGGUCUAAAUGACAAGGUCAUGUUUGAAAGUACCGGUCGUUCGCCUACGCGAGGGAAAGCAAUUGAAAUGGAAGAUGUCAAAUUCCACCAGUGUGUUCGUCUAUCGCGAUUUGAGAACGAUCGCACCAUCUCUUUUAUACCCCCGGACGGUGAAUUUGAAUUGAUGAGCUACCGGUUAAAUACACAGCCACUGAUCUGGGUUGAGGCGCUCGUGGAGAAUUACACUGGAUUUAGGAUCGAGUACAUGAUCAAGGCGAAAGCUCAGUUUAAGCGACGCUCAACGGCCAACAAUGUUGAAAUAUAUGUUCCGGUGCCCGACGAUGCGGACUCUCCAAAGUUUAGAGUAUGA